GUGAGGUGCGCGUCGACGUUGCUGGGGGCCUGUUGGCGCCGCUGGCGCUGGUGGCUCUUGCUGCCGACGCGGCUAGGUUGCUGGUCAACGCGAGCUCUGUUGGUGGCGGCGCGGGUCGUGGGGCGAGGGGCGUCCUCGCACUAAGAAUCUGCGUGGCCCAAGAGGUGCUGGCGGGCGGUCAGCUG